AUGUCUAGAUGGCCCAACCCUUCUCUUAAACGUGAUCUAGAUUCUCGGGUCCUUUUUGACAACAGAAUUACAACUAUGGAUGGCUUCUACGAGGUUGUUGUUGGCGGUACCUCGGCCUUUAUCGUAUUAGACACCGAACAUGUACCGGUCGAAAACGAAAGCCAUCGCAUACUUCACCAAGUCGGCCUUACGUAUUUUCCAGCUACGUCUAUGGCCAUGAUGAUUAACACUUCUAUCCCCAGAAGACCAUGCCUUGGCGAUUUUUACGAGAGAUACCAGCUUCAAAGCCUGACCCUUAACAUAGAACUGAGCGAUCAGUUACAAAAGGAUCUCAUCCGUUUUCGAGGUUACGUUCCAAAACGUCGUCUCAGCCGGUUUGCCCAGGAACGACAAAUCAAUCUUGGUAGCCUAGCACCCACGAUCAUCGAAUUUAUCCAAUCUUGCAGUAGCUCAGAUCCUAAUAUAAAUUUUUACUUCCCGAGGACCUUUCCAAAGGCCAUACCGUACUUCUCCUCAUGGACAGACCUCCGCGAUAUUGGAAAAUAUAUAGCUUUAGCCAAAUUUUUACCUGCGCGGAUCUCUAUGCCUCAAACUUUUGGGUACCACUGGAAAGACAUUAAAGGCAGCUAUGAGCACUGCUGA